AUGAAUUCACAAGCAACCUGUGUAUUAAAAAGUAAAAGUAACAUCUACCCUUAUGAAGGGAACGCCAGGAUGACGAGUAGAUUACCGAGUGGCUGUUACCCAUCAGAGAUGAGAGCUAGCUAGCCUAGCAUGGUCUGAUGGAGGCUGAGCAGGGGGGCGGACAACCACGAUGGAGCGACGACAGGCAGCGGAGUAGCUUCAACACUACAGACUCAACAUCUCUUCAUACAGUAACUGAGCACGGAGAGGAACAGCACGAUAUGCAGUCAUGAAGCGGGUUCGUACUGAGCAGAUCCAGUAUGCCGUGGCUCAGUACCUGAAGAGGAGGCAGUAUGUGGACACUGAUGGCUCCCUGAAAGGAGCCAAGCUCUUCCAGUCAGCGGAGGAGAUGGCUGCCAGCCUCACAGUGCAGACAGAGUCGGGAUGUGCCAACAUCGUCUCUGCUGCACCCUGCCAGUCUGACCCACAGCAGUAUGAGACUCAGUACUCCAAGCUGCGCUCCUUUCUCUCAGAAACAGAAAUAUCCUGGGCGAAGGAGGUGAGCAGCAUCCUCUACCCGCUCUUCGUCUACCUCCACCUGGACUUGGUGCACUGCGGCCUGAAGGGGGCAGUAGAUGGUUUUUACAGUCGUUUCCACAGCGCCUUUCUUCAGGACAACGAGCAGCGCACCACCAUAGAGCAGCUUCGCCAUGUUCUCACCGCUCAGGACGUUGCAGCCAACCCCAAGCUGAGUGCUUUCCUGGAGCACAAGUACGUGGUUCACCUGACGGAGCCGGCGUACAGCUACCUGCUGCGUUACCUGCAGAGUGAGGACACCAGCGCCCUCUGCAGGGCCCUUAGUACACACCUGCAGGUGGAGGUCACCGCCUCGAGGCGCACAGACUACCAGCUGUAUGGCGCAGCUGGUGGGGCGACCGCCGCCCCAAACUCGACCUCCUCCUGGGCGGGAGUAGACGGGACGGAGGGUGGCGAGGGGGUGGAGGUCCCUGCAGGUAUCCCACAGAGCGAGGCGGCCCUGGAGGCUCUGCAGGACUGCAUCAAGAAAGUGCGUGAGGGCCCCCCCACGCUCACCACCGUGUGUUUUUACGCCUUCCAUCACACGGAGCAGAUGUUGAACACCGCAGAGGUCUCGGCUGACAGCCGGCUGCUGGCCGCCGGCUUCGACAGCUCCACGGUGAAGCUGUGGAGCCUCCGAGCCAGAAAGCUGAAGGCCAAACCGCACCAGGCUGACGUGUCGCUCAUCCACCUGGCCUGUGACGUAAUGGAGGAGGAAGUGGAUGAAGAAGACAGCUCCGGCAGCGAGGUAAAGACGCUGCGAGGUCACAGUGGUCCGGUGUUUCGUACGGCCUUCCUGACGGACAGCUCCGGCCUGCUCUCCUGCUCUGAGGACACAACCAUCCGCUACUGGGACCUUGGUAGCUUCACCAACACAGCGCUCUACCAGGGCCACGCCUACCCGGUGUGGGACGUUGACGUCAGCCCCUGCAGCCUUUACUUCGCCAGCGGCUCCCAUGACCGUACCGCCCGCCUCUGGACGUUCUCCCGCACCUACCCGCUGCGGCUCUACGCCGGGCAUCUUGCCGACGUCGACUGUGUCAAAUUCCACCCAAACUCGAACUACCUGGCCACUGGCUCCACAGACAAGACUGUCCGGCUGUGGAGCACCCAGCAGGGGGCGUCUGUUCGCCUCUUCACUGGCCACCGUGGCCCUGUGCUGUCACUCGCUUUCUCACCUAACGGGAAGUACUUGGCGUCCGCCGGCGAGGACCAGAGGGUGAAGCUGUGGGACUUAGCAUCAGGGACGUUGUUCAAAGACUUGCGCGGACACACCGACAGCGUCACCAGCCUGUCUUUCAGCCCAGACAGCAGCCUGGUGGCGUCGUCGUCUAUAGACAACUCAGUCCGGGUGUGGGACAUCCGGAACUCCCACGGCGUGACGCCAGCUGACGGCUCGUCCGGCGAACUGGUGGGACUCUACACUGGAAACACCAGCAACGUGCUGAACGUCCAGUUCAUGGCCUGCAACCUGCUGCUGGUGACGGGAACGGCACAAGAGAAAGCAGAACAGUAGCCACGGCUGUCUGGUUUUUGUGUUGAUGUUUGGGAGAGAAGUUUGAAUUUCUCCAGAUGUUUGUUUGAAGUUUUCUUCCCUGAGCCAAUCACUCACUGAGAGGUUAAAUGCCGCCACAUGCACAGGAGUCAGAUUUUGGUUUUCCUUAUUAGUUCUUGGCAAAGAAAAGUCUCAUUUAUAGAUAAGUUAUCAUUUGUAAUUGGUGGUAUUGUCUAAUUACCAAAGCGUCUUCACUAGAUGUCAGUAUUACAGAAUUCCUCAGGCUACAUCCACACUGAUACAUUUCUGUUUUAAAACGCAUAACUUUUGCUACUUUCAUGCCUAGCAUUCACACUACUCUUUUUUCAAGCCCCUUAAAGGGAGACGUUUGAAAGCGCUGCUGUCCCCAUUUUAGUUUCAAAACUCCGGAGUUGCGUUUUAGUCUGGAUGGACAGAAACGGAGACCUUUGAAAGCAAUGACGCAGACACCCACGUUCGCUUUUUGAUUGGGUCUUACCAGUCAUGACGUGUCCUUCCCGAUUCGCCACACCCCGUCACGUGAACCUUUUCCGGAAGAAAACAAAUGAACCACUAAUGGUUAAUUUCAACAUGGAUAAUGGGUCACAAGCAUUGCUGACCUUGUUGUGUAUGCUAGCAGCUGUUGUUCAGGUAAACUGCAUUUCAUAACGCUACAACUGCCUACAUGCGCGGGAGUCAAGCUAUUAUUCCAGCGCUUUGCAUCAAUUCCCAUGUCCAGCACUGCUUCCUGUUUACGCCGGCACGCGUAUGCCCAGUGUACGUGAAUGGUCAUGUGAUAUGAGUUUUCAGGCGUGGUAGUAGGGACGGAGAUUAAUUCUGAAACUGCCCUAAAGCGCUCGUCUGGACGGAGAUCGUUUUCGUUUAAAGCGCUGUUUUAAAAUGAAAACGUAUUAGUGUGGAUGUAGCCUCAGUUCCACCGGUGCCUUGGUGGUCGAAAACUGUUAACUCUGCUGUCAUGCACACGUUUUCUGAUCUAUAAAAGCAGCAUUUAAAAUAUGACUGUUGGAAAAUAUUGUUCCUGUUGAAUAAAAAAAACUACAUUUUAAUCUGCAAAAAUUCAAUACCAAAACAGGAGUUACAAGGAUAGGUUGCACCGAUAAGUAUUAUGGGAUAAACUGUUCCCUGGUGUUCAGAAUAUUUGGAGUACCCUCUGCAGUAAACAGUGUACUGAGUUUCACCUGCUUUACCACGAUUCAUGUGUAAAUGAUAUUUAGAGAAACACACUUGUUGAGCUGUUUUACCCAAAGUCAUUUUAAGCUGUGCGUCCAGUACAGAGAGAGGAUGUGUUUAGCCUAGCUUCUGGUCAUAUUUGUAAUCUUGUUUACUUCAGAUAGUUCCUGAUAUAAAUAAAAGCGAGUUUCAGUAACAAAGUACCAAAACAAAUCUUGAUUUGGAUACUUAGCUUGGAUACUACAAAAAUGGAAAUAGUUUUUUCCAUUUAACAAAAGAAUCCAUUUAAAAUGUGAACACAAGCAGACCUACAAGAACUUUGCCCUCUAACAUUCUAAUUUAAAUCAGGAGCUAUAAUGAAGUAAACAAGAUUACAAAUAUGACCAGAAAUUUAAUUCUGGUUUUGGGCACUUGACAGUUUUUGAUACUUGGUGCUACAGACACUUUUUGGUCGGUACAAAAGAAAAGAUUGUUAUUGAAUACACGACGACAUUGGAUAGUUUUCUGUUCCAAGGCUGUAGUUUUAGUUAUUAGAGUAGUUACAAAUGUCAAUAUGAUUUUGAAGGACUUCUGGACCAGAACCAGGAAGUUCCUCCUCUAUUAAGGUUUGAUAACCCGUCCUAGUUCUGGACUCUGACUCUGGGUAAGACAGCAAAGAACAAUAUUCUCAAACUGCGGGACUGUUUCUUUAUAGUUCUCUUUAUGUUUUACCUGCUCAUCGUUCAUCUGCUCCCCACUCCAUGCUUAAAAUGAAUUUAUCAAGUGAAACAGCUCUCACUUGGUCAAUCCGUUGCAUACACGGAGAAUAUGAUCGUAAAUACUCAGUGACAUUGCUGUUGUUGGACAAAUUCACAUUAACAGGAAGAAAACUUUCAGAAAAUUUGUUUUGCAUUGAUGCUCAUGGACUUUAGAGACUGUAUUAAGAGGUUUUAAAGGGUCUCAAAGGUCAAAUACAAAAGUGACUAUGUGAACUUUAAAACACCAGAACAGGAAGUGGUUGUUCUUCUCUCUUGGUUUGUCUCUAAGCCUGAGUAGGUUUUGAGUAAUAAAAAAAAAGUGUAAAUAGCCUUGUUGAGGAAAUUUCUAAGAAUCAAAGUUUGUAUUUUUCGCACUAUUCUGUGAGUGGCAUGAACUGUGCAAUGCUUAAAUAGUGUAAAUACUGUAUUUUUGUAAUAUUUUGGCUACAAAGCGUCGCCAUCCAGGUUGUGCUUAACGAGGGCUAAACUUAUACUGACCUGGAAACUGAUUUCAUACAUUCAAAGUGUGAUUGUAUUUUUUUAGUUGUUUUGAAAGUUUCACUCAUAAAUUGAGCCUGGAAGUUCUCCUUUAUAUUUUGUCAGUAAACUUUUGUUCCCUCUUGUAGCCCCAAAACAAGGAAUAAAUACCAGAAUUUAUUUGAA